AUGGCCACCGAAGCCAGCCCCCGAAAGGACGAGACCUCCGCUGGGUCCCCGCAGUCCGAUAAACUAUUUGGCCGAAAGUUCUAUGAGAGCAUUGGCAGCCCCAAGUAUGUCGUUGCCCCAAUGGUUGACAGGUCUGAAUUUGCGUGGCGCAUGCUCACUCGAUCUUUUAUGCCCCCGAACGACCCAAAGCCUAUGCUAGCAUACACCCCCAUGUUCCACGCCCGCUUGUUCGGCGAACAAGAGCGCGUUCGUGCUUCACAUUUCCAACCCACUCGCAAAGCCGUCGGAGGAAAGACAGAGGAUCUAUACCUUGACGGAAACCCCGCGAUCGAUCGACCUCUUUUCGUCCAAUUCUGCUCAAAUAACCCAGACGAAUUCCUCGAGGCAGCCCGUCAUGUGGUCCCCCAUUGCGACGCCGUGGACUUGAACCUCGGCUGCCCACAGGGAAUUGCACGAAAGGGACACUAUGGGGCUUUCCUUCAAGAAGACUGGGAUCUGAUUUAUAAGCUUGUCAAUAAGUUACACACCGAACUCCCGAUUCCCGUCACCGUGAAGUUCCGCAUUCAAGAGACCAAGGAAAAGACUUUGGAGUACGCCAAGAUGAUUCUUUCGGCUGGUGCGAGCAUCAUUACGGUACACGGCCGUAGGCGGGAGCAGAAAGGUCACAAUACGGGAGUCGCAGAUUGGACCUACAUUCGCUACCUACGAGAAAACCUCCCCCAGGAUACUGUGAUUUUUGCCAAUGGCAACAUCCUCAACUAUGACGAUAUCGAAACAUGCCUCGAGGCGACUGGUGCCGACGGCGUGAUGAGCGCAGAAGGCAAUCUGUCAGAUCCGACUAUCUUCAGCAAGCCACCCGCACCCGGUACCGAGGAAAGGGACUUUUGGCGAGGCCGAGAUGGAAAGAGGGGCUACCGCAUCGAUGCAAUCGUGCGUCGAUACCUGGACAUUAUCUAUAAACACGUUCUGGAACAGCCUGUCCCAGAAAGGAAGCCUUUAUACCUGCCAUCCGACCCGGUCGAUGAGUUCGCAGAAACAAAUAAUGCCGAAGAGGACGACCAUGCGGACGGUCCGCUCAAGAAAAAGCAAAAGCGAGGCAAAGCAGAGAAGGGAAAGAAGGGCUCCUCUCCCAACCUGAGCUACAUGCAAGGUCACCUGUUCCAACUUUUGCGCCCCAUGGUCGCAACUCACACAGAUGUCCGGGAUGCGCUUGCGAAAUCACGACCAAAUGACAUUGCCACGUUUGAACACACUUUGACCCUCCUUGAGAAGGCCAUCAAGGGUGGUCUCCAAGAAUACCAAGCCAACCCAGAAAAAUUUGAAGCCAAACCAGAUGAGACCUUGAAGGGAUCAAAAGCAGUUAUUGCGGAGUAUGGACGGCCUUGGUGGAUCUGCCAGCCCUAUGUCCGUCCUUUGCCCGAAGAAGCCUUUGAACUCGGAGCAAUGCGGGAAAAGGGUAGCAAGCCUCCUGCAAAGGCCGAAAAAGAGGAAUCCAAAGAAGAUACUAAUACAGCUAGCGCCGAUAGCAGUACCACGCCUGCUCCGACUAUAGCGGACAGCACCACUACGCUCACAACUGAUCCUCUCGUGAGUGGGUAA